AUGCCGAAUCAUGUCCCUAGAAGCUCCGAAAAGUUGUCUCUGCUCCAGAGAUCCAAGACUUUACCAACGUACCGGAGAUUUACAGCUCCUGAGAUUCCCACUUUCAGAUAUGGAUCCGUCCCUAACGACGACUCCGACGGUGAUACCAGUAACUUCGUGGCGGGAAAUCGGACGCCGGAGCUGAAUUCCGAAGCGUCGCCGAGUCAAUCCCCGAGUCAGAGGAUUACUCGGUUGUGGACUCAUUUUUCUCUCACUCAUUGCCUCAAAUUCAGUUGUUCGUUUUCUUUUAUGUAUGUCAUGUUUCUUCGGGCUGAAGUUGCAAAACUAGAGGCAGAGAACUUUAUCCUUCUAGCAGCAUGCAGUGACAACAAUGGACCUUUAAAGCUGGAACAUACUAAUAGUAGAGCUCUUGUUUUAUACAGUGUGACUAUCACCCUUUUCUUGCCCUUUUUGUUGUACAUGUAUCUUGACGAUCUCUCCUUUGUCAAGAAUCUACUGAAACGAACAAAUCAGAAGAAGGAAGAGAUUCCCCUCAAGAAAAGAAUUGCAUAUUCAUUGGAUGUCUGUUUUUCAGUAUAUCCGUAUGCUAAGCUGCUCGCCCUUCUGUUUGCAACUGUACUUCUUAUAGUAUAUGGUGGCUUAGCAUUGUAUGCAGUUAGCGACUGUGGGGUCGAUGAAGCCCUUUGGCUAUCGUGGACUUUUGUGGCAGAUUCGGGAAGCCACGCAGAUAGGGUUGGUGUUGGACCAAGAAUAGUUUCUGUGGCUAUAAGCACAGGAGGUAUGUUGAUAUUUGCUACAAUGCUUGGCCUCAUUUCAGAUGCUAUCUCCAAGAUGGUAGAUUCUCUACGGAAAGGGAAAAGCGAGGUCCUUGAAAGCAAUCAUAUACUAAUUCUUGGGUGGAGUGAUAAAUUGGGUUCCCUCUUGAAGCAGCUGGCAAUUGCAAAUAAAAGCAUUGGUGGAGGUGUUGUUGUGGUGCUAGCGGAACGAGACAAGGAAGAGAUGGAGAUUGAUAUUUCUAAAUUUGAAUUUGAUCUAAUGGGAACAUCAGUUAUAUAUAGAAGUGGCAGUCCACUUAUACUCGCUGAUCUGAAGAAGGUGUCAGUUUCAAGUGCACGGGCUAUCAUUGUACUAGGAUCUGAUGAAAAUGCAGAUCAGAGCGAUGCACGUGCCUUGAGGGUUGUGCUUAGUCUUACAGGAGUAAAGGAGGGUUGGAAGGGGCAUGUUGUCGUUGAAAUGUGUGAUCUGGACAACGAGCCCUUGGUGAAGCUUGUUGGUGGAGAGCACAUUGAAACAGUUGUAGCUCAUGAUGUGAUUGGGCGCUUAAUGAUACAAUGCGCUCUUCAACCUGGCCUUGCGCAGAUAUGGGAGGAUAUUUUGGGUUUCGAAAACGCUGAAUUUUACAUAAAGAAAUGGCCUCAGCUUGAUGGUUACCGUUUUGAAGAUGUCCUCAUUUCAUUUCCCAAUGCAAUUCCCUGCGGAGUUAAGGUUGCAGUGGAUGGGAAGAUAGUUUUGAAUCCUAGUGACAACUAUGUUCUGGAAGAAGGAGAUGAAAUACUUGUCAUAGCCGAGGAUGAUGACACUUACGCUCCUGGUUCACUUCCAGAGGUACGCAUGUGUCAUGUUCCAAAAAUGCAGGAUCCUCCAAAAUAUCCAGAGAGAAUACUAUUUUGUGGUUGGCGCCGUGACAUUGAUGAUAUGAUCAAGGUGCUGGAAGCUUUGCUUGCACCUGGAUCUGAGUUAUGGAUGUUUAAUGAGGUUCCAGAUCAGGAAAGAGAGAAAAAGUUGACAGAUGCAGGAUUAAAUAUAUCCAAAUUGGUGAAUAUAAAACUUGUACAUAGGCAGGGAAAUGCAGUAAUCAGGCGUCAUUUAGAGAGCCUCCCUUUAGAAACUUUUGACUCUAUCUUAAUUCUUGCAGAACAGUCACUGGAGAACUCUAUUGUUCAUUCAGACUCCCGAUCUCUUGCCACGCUUCUCCUUAUUCGAGAUAUACAGUCGAAACGGCUUCCCUACAAAGAUACAAAGUCAAGCACUUUACGGAUAUCUGGGUUCCCCAGUUGUUGUUGGAUCCGUAAAAUGCAGCAAGCUUCAGAUAAGUCGAUUGUGAUAAGUGAAAUUCUGGAUUCAAGAACAAAGAACCUUGUAUCUGUGUCCAGAAUCAGUGAUUACGUACUAUCGAACGAGCUAGUUAGUAUGGCUCUUGCGAUGGUUGCGGAGGAUAAACAAAUAAACCGCGUUUUGAAAGAGCUUUUCGCAGAGAAGGGUAACGAAUUGUGCAUAAGACCUGCAGAAUUCUACAUAUAUGACCAAGAAGAGGUUUGCUUCUAUAAGAUAAUGAGAAGGGCUCGUCAAAGACAGGAAAUCAUAAUCGGUUAUCGUCUUGCGGGUAUGGACCAAGCUGUGAUUAAUCCUUCAGAUAAAUCUAAGCUUAGAAAAUGGUCCCUUGAUGAUGUUUUUGUAGUCAUCGCCUCAAGCCAGUAA